GUUGGGUUGUCUUGCCAAGAAGAAUUCUUUCAACAAGAAGCACACAAGCCAGAUUGCUCAACUAAGGAUGGCCCACAUCUUGUGCAUUUUGGCACUUCUGUGUUUUGCGUCACGUGUUGUGGAAAACACAGAGACUGAGCAGAAAUUGAAAGACCUCCAACUUCAGCAAGAUUCACUGUCAUGGCUUGACAAAUUACAGGAAAAGCAGGAAUCAACAACGAAGCAAAACUUAGUAGACUUGUUUUAUAAACUCUUCAAAUCUGAAAAUGGAAUAAUUCUCCAAGGACCUGCAGACACAGAGAAAAAGGAGAAGAAUCGACGUGGACUGUAUGGCAGGACAACUCAGUCUCGCAGAGCUGGCUGUAGAGUCUUCUUCUGGAAAUCCUGGACUUCCUGCUAACUCUCACUGAAGUGCCAAACUGUCUAUUUUUAUAGUAGUUCCAUCUGUAUUCAGUGAUAUGUUACAUGUUGAUGGGAUAUUCAAUUAUUUUGUAUUAGAGGUUAUUAUGUCACAUUAUUCUGCUUUAGCCUGUGAAUAUAAAAAGUGGAGCACACAAAAUAUGUACGAAUAUAUGUGAUGACUACACAGCUUUAAUUUUAUAGCCACUAAAGCUUGCAUGACUUGAGGCAUGACUUCUUGUUAGCAUCCUGCCAUCCAUUUGUUAUCUUAAAGUAAUGUUUUGGUAAUAUUUGAAACAAGAUUUAACACAUCCUUCUGCUUACAAAUAAAAUUUCAU